AUGUCUAUAUUCGCAAUAUCUCGAACUAUACGUCAUUUUUAUUUUAAUUAUCAUCAUUCCGAAUCGACUCCUAUAUGGAUUCAUUCAGCUUUUAUACAACGUAUUCAAUUUAGCUUUCGACAAGUGAUAUGUUUUUUAUUUGUUGGUUUUCUUGCUUAUGGAACUCAAUUAGCUAAUCAACUUUCACUUGAAUAUCUUGUUCCUAUAAUAAGUAUUUUAUGUUUACAACAAACAUUCGGUUCAACAUUAUCUUGUUGUUAUCAAAUAACUUUAGCUAUAACACCUCUUUCAAUAUUUUUAUUUGUUAUUAAAAAAAUUGGCCUUGGUUAUCAUAAUUAUCUUGCAACGGAACUUUUACUAUUAUUUACAUCAUUUUGUGUUGCAUAUGGAUGUACUCAAGUUCAAACUAGAAAAUUUUCUUUACUUUACAAUGUUAUAUAUUUUGCUGGGAAUUUUUCUAACCCUAGUAUUCUAUCAACAUAUUCUUUUGAAUUACUCGGAGUUUAUCUUCUUGGAAUGGUUAUGGCUUUGCUCGUAUCACUUAUUAUCUUUCCUCUUUUUGCAACUUUUGAUAUUGAAAAUCGUUUUAAUUAUUCUCUAUCAAAACUUCAACGUAUAUAUACAUUGACUAUUCAAGCAUUUCUUUGUCCAGAUAAAAUGAGUGCAUAUAUGUCAUUGACAAGAGCAUCAUUGAUAGAAAAUAUGGUUCAUAAUGCAUUAACUCCAAUUCCAAUGAAACUUGAUAAAGCUCAUUUUGAGCCAGCUCGAUUGUUACAAAAAAUAUUCAAUCGAAAACAUAGACAUAUUAUUGAUUUGACAUUACAAAAUGAUUUCACUUCUCAAACAAUUAAUCUUCAAGAAGCUUUUAAAUUACUUCGUACAGCUUAUAUUACAACUUCUCGUCAUCAAGUUAAACAUGCACUUGAAAUUGAAACAACAAUUCAAUCUGAAGAUCAUCUCUCACAUGCAUUUUUUCUCUUUCAACUUGAUGCUAUCGUACAACUUUUGACACAAAUAAUGACAAAUGACAAUCGGAAAAAAGAUAUUUCAAAAAUAUCUAAAAAGAAUACAAUAAAUUUAAAAGAACAAUUAAAAUUACAAUGGCCACGUUUAUUAUCAUCUUUGAAGAGCAUGGUUAUUAUUGGAGUUGGUUCAAUCUUUGUACUAGUACCUCGUUUAGCAGCAGCAUUUGAAAAUGGACAAUGGAUUUUAGUUACUCUUUGUAUGGCAUAA